CCAGCAUGCGUCGUGUCGGCAAAUAAAGGCUCACUUUUCGUCCUAGAGCAGCCUGUCGUCUUCCGAAACAGCGCGGAGGCAGGCGGAGGCGAAGAAAACCGCUCCUCGGGUGCCCCCCAGCCUGACUGACGUGCACACAACCAGGCAGAAGGUAGAAGCGCCUUCCAACGCCCAGAAGGCAGCGAAAGUGAGCGAAGCCUUCGUCGACAUCCCGGAGUGACGCGAAGCAGGCAUGGCUUCUACAGCAACCGUGACAGCGGACGACAACAGCAUGGCCCCCGAACCGUUCCUGACGCGGGAUCCCCGCACCAUGGACUGGGCACUGGCGGGCAACAAGCAGUUCCUCAUCACCCUGUUCGUCGCGUACGUCUACAUCGUCAAGGUGGGUGGGCCCCGGUUCAUGAAGGGCCGCAAGCCGUACGACGGCAUCAAGCCGCUCAUCAUCGUCUACAACGCUGCCAUGGUACUGCUCAACUGCUACUUCGUGGUCGCCUUCCUCUCCAAGUCGUACCUGGGCGGCGGCUACAACCUUCUCUGCCAGGGCAUCAAUUACGAGGCCCGUGACGAGGUAACCAUGAGCAUGCUCACCCUCUGCUGGUGGUACCUGAUGGUGAGGAUUGCCGACUUCCUGGACACCAUCUUCUUCGUGCUGCGCAAGAAGGACUCGCACAUCUCAUUCCUGCACGUCGUGCACCACAUCCUGGUCGUCUUCAACGGCUGGUUCGGACUCGCCUACGGUCCCGACGGUCAGGUCGCGCUCGGCGUCAUCCUCAACAGCUUCGUGCACGUGGUCAUGUACAGCUACUAUUUCCUCUCGCUGCUCGGCCCGUCCGUGCAGAAGCAUCUGUGGUGGAAGCGCUACCUCACGCAAUUCCAGCUCGUCCAGUUCGUCAUGAUCUUCCUGCACACGCUGAUGCCGUUCUUCAUCAGCUGCGGCUACCCUAGGCCGCACACGUACAUCAUGCUGUCCGAAGCCGUCUUCUUCUUCGCCAUGUUCGUACGCUUCUACCUGAAGGCCUACAGUGACAAGAAGGGUCCCAGCAUAAAGGGCGAAGCCGUCAAGAACAAAGCCCACUGAGAACUUCGACAGUCUAUUAAGGUUUACUUUGAAGAGAGUAGCGUGCACAGAGGCCCACCUACAGAGUGAUACGAAGGAAGUGGUAACGCUCCGCUCUAUUGUGUUUUACAAACUCACCUCUCGAUCCUGUGAUAUAGGGAAAAGACUGAAGCACUGUUUUGCAACCAUCUGUGUCAUAUAUGUCACUCUCAUUUUAUUUUAUUUUAUUUUUCAACGAGCAAAUUGUGAGUCGUAUACGUUAUUCGUAUAUUCACGUUACCGGAGGUCACCAAGCGGCGGCACUAAGCACCCGCUGGCUCCCAGCAGCUGUCGAGUGAAAUAAGCGAUCCAGGUCCAUCUGUAACCUGUCACGAAUAACUUCGCAUAUGGUGGCGUUUCGAAAUCGUCGUCAUGCUCGUGUUAUAUGAAGUUACCUGGAUGUAAGUUCGAAAUCUAAACGUCCGGAAUCGAAGCGGCAACCGUUUCGCACAAUGACUCUACUAGAACGCGUGUUUCCUAUCGCAUGUAUAUUCAAAACAUUGCUAAACAACAAACAGUUUCGAGGCCAAUCGGAUACGAACAGAUGCCUUGAUUUCAUGUCGCUGUCAGCAGAAAACGCAAGGUUUUUAUGAAACACUAUUCGCAUUCUCGCAAAGCUACGUCACAAGGGCGUCGUCCUCCACUUCGAUGAACAUCGUUUCAGCGAAGAUGGUAUACCAAGAUAUAGUAGCGAUAAGUUGUACAUAGAAAUGUUGAGUCAAUUCCGAAUGCCACUAUAUUUAUUGUUGGCUGUUAACGUUUUUUUUUUUUAUAUAUGACGCGGCCGUCCUUUCAAUGGCUUUGUGACGUUUUUGUCUUUUGUUAUUGCGUGUUGCAAAUGUCCUCAAUUGCACUGGUCAUUUCGUGUUGUAAAUAAAGUAUUUUUGCCGUUAC